AUGUCUGAAUCUGUAGCAGCAGAGCAUGAUUACAUAGGUUUGUCAGAGUUUCCAACCAUGGAAGCAACAACAGUGUCUGACAAAACCAAAACCAGAGACAACAGCAACAAAAACAACAACGACGCCGACGGUCUGAAUUUCUACAAGGCCACCGAGUUGAGACUCGGUUUACCCGGUUCCGAGUCCCCGGAGCGAGUCGACCCAAGAUUCUUGUCUCUCAAGAGUUCCUGUCCUGUCUCAGGUGCCAAAAGGGUAUUUUCCGACGCCAUUAACGGGUCUAACAAAUGGGUCUUCUCUCCUGGAACCACUCCUUGUACUGAUGACGUCGGGUCGGGUUCGGGUCCCGGUAGCUCCGCCGUGAAAGACCCCAAACCGGCCGGUCUGGUUAAGGAGAAGAACAUCUCUGCAACAGCUCCAGCUUCAAAGGCACAAGUGGUGGGUUGGCCACCAAUAAGAUCAUUCAGGAAGAACACAAUGGCUUCUUCUCAAUCUCAGAAACAAGGCGGUGAUAAUAAUAAUAACAUCUCAGAGACCGAAGCAGAAACUAAGUCUGGACGAGAGCCUUGCUUGUAUGUCAAAGUGAGCAUGGAAGGUGCUCCUUACUUGAGGAAAAUCGAUCUCAAGACUUACAAGAGUUACGUCGAGCUCUCCUCUGCUCUUGAGAAGAUGUUCAGUUGCUUCACCAUCGGUCAGUUUGGGUCUCAUGGAGGGUGUGGUCGAGAUGGGUUAAACGAGAGUCGCUUGACCGAUCUCUUGCGUGGCUCUGAGUAUGUUGUUACCUAUGAAGAUAAAGACAGUGACUGGAUGCUGGUUGGUGAUGUCCCUUGGGAAAUGUUUAUAUGUUCCUGCAAGAAGCUGAGAAUUAUGAAGAGCUCUGAGGCUAUCGGCCUAGCUCCAAGGGUGAUGGAGAAGUGCAGAAGCCGGAACUAG